AUAUAUAAAGGACUUUCCCUUUGCUUCAGUUUGAAGAACGCGAGCCUUGUGCACUUGCUAGUACACACGCGCCUCUUUCAAAGUACCCUACGAACAAGAACUGUUGUUUUUGCUUUCUAGAGGCUUGUGACUUUGCUGAAUGGCCAAUAAUCCUCGAUUUUCAGGUGUACAGCCUCUUCAGCCUCCAAUAAUUGGUUCGAUGGAACCUCCCCGAAGUUUUGUUCCACCCAUGUCUUCUCAAUUCCGACAGGUGGUUCCAGCACAGCAACCCCAGCAGUUCAAUCCUGUGCCUUCUCAACAUUUUUAUCCUGUUGGCAGAGGUGUUCCGCUAAUGAAUGUUGGAUUGCCUCCUCAUCAAACUUUGCAACCCCAAUUCUCUCAGCCAAUGCCGCAGUUACCCCCAAGAGCUGGUCAGCCAGGUCAUGCUACACUGCCAUCACAGCCAAUUCCAUUGCCAGUUGCUCAGCCAAACAUGCACAUUGCAUCUGAAAAACCAAUUCCUCAGCUUAAUGCUCAAAAUCCCAAUAACUAUUCACCUGGAUUAGGUGGCCCAGAAAGACCUCUCACUCCGUCAUAUACUUUUGCACCAUCUUCUUAUGGUCAACUACAUAUAAAUUUUAAUGCACCCACCCAGUAUCAGUCUACAUCUCAAAUGCAUCCACCCAGUAUUUCUUCUUCGAGACAACUUAGUUUAUCAUCUGAAAGCCAGAGCACUGCCCCUCUUACAUCUCUGCAGCACAGUGUUGAACAACCUUCAGUUCCCACUUCUGUUGCAUCGGCAACAAGUGUCCAGCCAAGCUCCACUAGAGAGGCCUCGACAGAUUGGAUAGAGCAUACUUCUGCUGAUGGAAGAAGAUACUAUUUUAACAAGAGGACAAGGCAAUCUAGUUGGGAGAAGCCUUUAGAAUUGAUGACGCCAAUUGAGAGGGCAGAUGCAUCAACUAACUGGAAGGAAUAUACAAGUCCUGAUGGAAGGAAGUACUACUACAACAAGGUUACCAAGGAAUCCAAAUGGUCUAUCCCUGAGGAGCUGAAGUUGGCUCGUGAGAAAGUUGAAAAGUCGUCUGUUGUGGGAACACAGCUGGAAACAUCUGUAAAUCCUCCUGCCUCAGCUUGUAUUCCUCCCGCUGUGGUUGAGGCACCAUCUGGUCGAGAUACUGCAUCUUCUGCUGCUCAAGGAAUUGCUUCAAGCCCAGUUUCAGUGAGACCUGAUGCCCCUGCUGGUGAACCUAUGUUGGUUUCCUCUGCUUCAACUGUUAUACCUUCUUCUAUGGAUGAAAAUGCAGAUGGAGUGCAGACACUUCCAAAUGUUGUUACUCCAUCAACUGCAGUUCCAGAAAGUGCUGAAGCCUCUGUCACCGUGGCCUGUACCACUCAGGACCCAAUGAAUGAGGUCAAUGAACUUUCAUCUCAAGAUAUUCUUAGUUCUGUAGAUGGAGUUCCUGUAAAAGCUGCAGAGGGAGUUGAUGCGGUUAACUCCUUGGAGGAAGUUAAGAAAGAUGAAACAGGGGAAAAAAUGCAUGACAUUGCAUUGGAAGCAAAACCAGUUGAUCCAGAACCCUUAAUUUAUGCCAAUAAACUGGAGGCUAAAAAUGCAUUCAAAGCACUUUUGGAGUCGGCUAAUGUUGGGUCUGAGUGGACCUGGGAUCGGGCCAUGAGAGUAAUAAUUAAUGACAGAAGGUAUGGAGCUUUGAAGACACUUGGAGAGCGGAAGCAAGUUUUCAACGAGUUCUUAAGUCAAAGGAAAAAACAGGAAGCUGAGGAAAGGCGCAUUAAACUGAAAAAAGCACGGGAAGAAUUUAAACAAAUGUUAGAAGAGUCUACAGAGCUAACAUCAUCCACAAGAUGGAGCAAAGUAGUGAGUAUGUUCGAGAAUGAUGAACGUUUUAAAGCUGUUGAACGAGAUAGGGAUCGCAAGGAUUUGUUUGAAAGCUACUUGGAGGAGCUCAAAAUCAAGGAACGAGCAAGGGUAGAGGAGGAACGCAAGCGUAAUAAAAUGGAAUACAGGGAAUUCUUGCAAUCUUGUGACUUUAUUAAGGCAGACAGCCAAUGGAGAAAACUUCAAGACCGCUUAGAGGCAGAUGAAAGAUGUGCACGUCUUGAAAAAAUUGAUCGCUUGGACAUUUUUCAUGAAUAUAUACGUGAUUUAGAGAGGGAAGAGGAGGAGAGGAGGAAGAUAGAGAAGGAAGAAUUGAGAAAGGUGGAGCGUAAAAACCGUGAUGAGUUCCGUAAAUUGAUGGAAGAGCAUAUAGCUGCAGGCACUCUUACAGCCAAAACCCACUGGCGUGAUUAUAGCACGAAGGUUAAAGAUAUACCUACGUAUGUGGCGGUUUCAUCAAACACUUCUGGUUCAACUCCAAAAGAGCUGUUUCAAGAUGUUCUUGAGGAGCUAGAGAAACAAUAUGAUGAGGAUAAAACUCGAAUAAGAGAUGCAGUGAAGCUUGGAAAGAUUAUGCUGUCAUCUACCUGGACACUUGAAGACUUCCAGACUGCUAUUUCAAAGGAUGUUCAUUCUCCGCCAGUAUCAAAUGUCAACUUAAAGCUGGUAUUUGAUGAGUUACUGGAACGAGUUAGGGAGAAGGAAGAGAAAGAAGCUAAAAAGCGUAAACGCCUUGCGGAUGACUUCGCUCAUCUGCUUUGUUCAACAAAGGAAAUAUUUGCAUCUUCAAAGUGGGAGGACUGCAAACCACAGUUUGACAGUAGCCGGGAGUUCAGUUCCAUAGGAGAAGAGAGCUUUUGCAGGGAGAUAUUUGAGCAACAUAUAGCUCAACUAAAGGAACAGGCAAAAGAACAGGAGCGAAAACGGAAGGAGGAAAAGGCAAAGAAGGAAAAAGAGAGAGAGGAAAGAGAGAGGAGAAAAGCCAAGCAGAGAAGGGAAAAAGAGGAAGGACGUGAAAAAGAAAAAGAUGAACACUUUAAGAAGGAGAGAGCGGACAGUAAAAAUGUUGAUGUAGGAGAUGUUCAUGUCUAUAAAGAGAACAAAAGAUUGGGAGAAGAAAGUAUUAAGAAACAGAGAAAGCGGCAUCAUAGUUCUGAGGAUAAUGUCGAUGAAAAUGAGAAAGUCCGGUCAAGGAAAUCCCAUGGAUCUACCGGUGACCACAAGAAAUCAAGACGGCAUGCAUCUGCUACUGAAUCAGAUAAUGAAAGCAGGCAUAAAAGACAUAAGAGGGACCACCGGAAUGGUUCUCGUAGAUAUGGGGGUCAUGAGGAGCUUGAAGAUGGGGAGUUUGGUGACAAUAAGCAAAAUUUGGUAGAUACUUAAUCCUACAAAGUUCUAAUUCUUCCACCACCACCCUCUUUUGAGACAAAGAGGGUAGAGAGAGGGGGGGGGGGGGGGGGGGGGGGGUUGGAUAUCAAGUUUGAUAUAUAGUCAUCAUUAGCAAGAUAUUUAAUUUCAAAGUAAUCUUACUUAUAUUUGCAGUACCUUGUUAUCAGUGUAAAUACUGCUUUUCAGAUUAAUCAGCCACAUCUUUGUCUUAUAGUGACUUUGGGUUUCCGAGAAAUUAAUUAGAGGUAAGUCCUAUAAUGUUUGUAACAUUUUUAAUAUCAAUUGAAGAGGUCAAU